UGUCACACUGGGUGCGUUCGGAAAUAUCAUCCGGGUGCUCUCCUUCUUUUUUCAUUUCACUCUCGUAUCUCUCUCACUCCAAAAUAACGGGUGCACUUGGAUGACGUUUCUGAACACACUCACUGUUCUCGUCUAUUAGCGAAUUAGUCGCCGCCACUAGUACGUGAAGUGAACAUGGAGCCGAUUGCACAUCUCGUGAAAGUGUCUGUUCCGAAUUAUCUCGCUGGCCUGCCGAUUCCUGAAUCGAUAGGCGGCUGGUUUCGUUUGGGAGUAAAGGACUGGCUCGCUCUGGUGCCGCCUACUGCCGUCCUUGCCGGACUCGGAUAUAUGUCCUAUCGAGCAUUUUGUCCGCGUGCCAGACCUGCGCCAAGUGGAUUAGUGAAUCUCAAAGUGAAAAAGGACAUGGCUAAGGUGGUGGAUACUAUCGACAUUGAGGAUAUCUCCGAAAAAGCCGUGUUUUGCCGUUGCUGGAGAUCCGAAAACUGGCCGUACUGCGACGGUAGCCACGGAAAACACAAUAAGGAACACAACGAUAACGUAGGCCCGCUCGUUAUCACAGACAACGAAGGAGAUUAAGAAGAUAACCAACUAAUGUUGAUCGUUUGUUACGAUCGCUGUAAGAUAGCUACUUGCGCGCUGAUAUGAAAAUAAGAAAAUAAAUAAACGUAGGAGAUAUUUUUCACUCCUUUGUACAGUAUGAAAAAAAAAUCAAUUUGAAGGGAAUAAUUCAGUUUUGCAAUAUCUGUAUUAACUGUUACACUCUCUUGUAUAUUUUCUUAUAUUUUAACUUAUACUUAGCAUAUAGCUAUGUAUUAGCUUAUAUUUCCAGAGACGAUAACAUUGGUUUUUUGAAAAUUUUUAUAUUGUAGACAGACAGCAAUUUUGUAAUUUAUAUAAAUGAAUAUUCAUCAAUAAAUUGAUCAGUAUGUUCAUCAAUAAAUGAAUCAAUGAAUAAUUUAUCGCAUUUAUUAUAUCGUAUUUUUAUUUAAAUAUAUGACUACAUGACUGAAAACAAUACAAAAUAUGAUUGAUUUCUUCAUGAAGAAAUCAUAUUAAUUUUUGUUAAUUAAUCUUACUUCUUUAUUAAUCUUGUUAAUUAUUUUUACCUAUAUUUGCUCUAUACAUACAGAGAUUCUCAUAUGAGAAUCUCAUUUAUUCGUUCUCCAAAGAAGAUGAUAACAUAUGAAGGUAAUAUGUAUAGAUCUGUAAAAAAAAUUAUGAACAUUACAAUUAAUCAUUUUUUAGUAGUAAAAAAGGAUUAUACAUUUAUGUAAUAAAAUAACAAUUAUUUCCCUUCAGAUUGUUCAUCUGUUAUAUUGUAUGCUGUAGAUAAAUCUUAUUGUCUUUUUAUUUUUUAAGCUGUGGUUCUGGAGAGAUUUUUAAAUAAAUUUAUUCUAUACUUGGUGAUCUUA